AUGGCAUCUGUGUCAGUCAGCUCUCGUCUAAACAAGGCCAUCCAUCAGCACUACAUGUCCCUUCCUCAGGGGGACCUGUGUCAGGUCACCUACAUCUGGAUCGAUGGCUCCGGGGAGGGGCUGAGGAACAAGACUCGCACCCUGGACAGAGAGCCCCAGGGAAUAGAGGAUAUUCCAGAGUGGAACUUUGAUGGCUCCAGCACCUACCAGGCCGAGGGAUCCAACAGUGACAUGUACCUGAUCCCAGUGGCAAUGUUUAGGGACCCUUUCACACUGGAAUCCAACAAACUGGUUUUGUGUGAGGUCCUCAAGUACAACCGCUUGCCUGCAGAGAGUAACCUGCGGUCAGGUUGUAAGAAAGUGAUGGAAGAAGUAAAGCACUAUAUCCCCUGGUUUGGAAUGGAGCAGGAGUAUACUCUCCUGGGGAUGGAUGGUCGCCCCUAUGGCUGGCCCCAAAAUGGAUUCCCAGGACCCCAAGGUCCAUACUACUGUGGGGUUGGUGCAGACAACGCCUAUGGAAGGGACAUUAUGGAGUGUCACUACAAGGCAUGUCUCUAUUCUGGGGUCAAAAUCUGUGGCACCAAUGCUGAGGUCAUGCCAUCUCAGUUUGAGUUCCAGGUGGGUCUGUGUGCGGGGAUAGAGAUGGGAGACCACCUGUGGAUGGCACGUUUCUUGCUGCACCGUGUGUGUGAGGACUUUGGAGUUGUAGCCACUCUGGACCCCAAACCAAUGAAGGGGAACUGGAACGGGGCGGGCUGCCAUACCAACGUUAGCACCAAGGAGAUGAGGGAAGAAGGGGGGCUGCAACAUAUUGAGCAGGCCAUUGAGAAGCUGAGCAAGCGACAUGCCCAGCACAUAUGUGUGUACGACCCUCACGGAGGCCAGGACAACAUCAGACGCCUCACAGGCUUACAUGAAACCUCCAGCAUCCAUGACUUCUGUUUUGGUGUGGCCAACCGCGGGGCCAGCAUCCGGAUCCCACGCCAGGUGGCCCAGGAGGGGAAGGGAUACUUUGAAGACCGCCGGCCCUCCGCAAACUGUGACCCUUAUGCCGUGACGGGCGCCAUCGCAAGAACCUGCCUGCUCGGGAUGGAGGAGGAAGAGGAGAGUACAUGA